AUGGCAGAUUAUAAAUUACUUUUUUUAGAAAUAGCAACCUGAAAAUUAUUAAUACUCCAGGACAGAGCCUCUCCACUAAUAGAGCAACUUUCAUUCUUUCACGAUCACACUUUACUAAUUCUAGUAAUCAUUACUAUUUUAGUAGGGCAAAUAAUAACGGGACUAUUUGUUAACAAAUUAAUCCACCGAUUCCUCUUAGAAGGACAAAUAAUUGAAUUAAUCUGAACAGUUUUACCAGCAAUCACAUUAAUUUUCAUUGCACUCCCGUCAUUACGACUAAUUUAUAUUCUAGAUGAAACUAACAAUCCAACCAUUACAAUUAAAACAAUUGGACACCAAUGAUACUGGUCAUAUGAAUAUUCAGAUUUUAAAAACAUUGAAUUCGACUCGUACAUAAUUCCUCAAAAUGAAAUAAAUAACUUUAACUUUCGCCUGCUAGACGUAGACAAUCGAAUAACAAUUCCAUUCCUUUCACAAAUUCGAAUUCUAGUGUCAGCAGCCGAUGUAAUUCACUCAUGAACAAUUCCAUCCUUAGGAGUAAAAAUUGAUGCAACCCCUGGACGUCUCAAUCAAACUAGAUUUAUUUCAACCCGAUCAAGACUAAUAUAUGGUCAAUGCUCAGAAAUUUGUGGGGCAAACCACAGUUUCAUACCUAUUGUAGCAGAAAGAAUUGCUCCAUCUUAUUUCAUUAAAUGAAUUUCAAAGAUAAUUCAAU